AUGGACGAUUACUGGAAAGAAUUGCAAGGCAAAAGACUUCACGAUCCUCUCUCCAAAAAUCAAGUCAGCCCAAUUCCACAUAUUUUGGUUCAAGGGCCUCUCAUCGUUGGUGCCGGACCGUCGGGCCUAGCCGUCGCGGCAUGUCUAAAGCAAAAGGGUAUCCAAAGUUUGAUUCUUGAAAGAGCCGAAUGUAUAGCUUCAUUAUGGCAGUUCAAGACAUAUGACCGUCUUCGCUUGCAUCUUCCAAAGCAAUUUUGUCAACUCCCGUUCAUGCCUUUCCCUUCACAUUUCCCCACUUACCCAACAAAGCAACAAUUUUUAAGCUAUUUGAAAGCCUACGCUGAUUAUUUUAAGUUGAAGCCAGUAUUUAAUUGCACAGUUAUAAGGGCGGAGUGGGAUGAGGGAUGUGGGUUUUGGAAAGUGAAAUCAGUUAGAGAUCAAAAGGUUGUUGUUGAGUAUUUUUGUAAGUGGUUGAUUGUGGCAACGGGUGAAAAUGCUGAAGAAAUUAUUCCUCAAAUUGAAGGGUUAGAGAUAUUUGAAGGCCCUGUUGUUCAUACUAGCUCUUAUAAAACUGGUGAAGAGUUUCAUGGGAAGAAAGUUUUGGUUAUUGGUUGUGGUAAUUCUGGUAUGGAAGUUUGUCUCGAUUUAUGUAACUUCAAUGCGUCCCCUUAUAUCGUUGUUCGCAAUUCGGUGCACAUUCUACCUCAUGAGAUAUUGGGAAGAUCAACAUUUGGGUUAUCCAUGUGCUUGCUCAGAUGGCUUCCCAUGCGUAUAGUGGAUCAUUUUCUUCUUCUUCUUUCACGUUUGAUGUUAGGAGAUACAUCUAAAUUGGGUCUUCAUCGUCCAAAAUUUGGCCCUUUACAGCUCAAGAAUCUGUCUGGAAAAACGCCUGUUUUAGAUGUUGGCACUUUUGCAAAAAUCAAAACCGGCAAGAUUAAGGUUCGGAGUGGAGUGACAAGACUAACCCAUCGUGCUGCAGAGUUCGUCGACGGCAGCGUCGAAAAUUUUGAUGCUGUCAUUUUGGCCACUGGUUAUAAAAGUAAUGUACCCUCUUGGCUAAAGGAAAGGCAUAUGUUUGAUGAGAAAGAUGGGAUGCCAAGGAAGGAAUUUCCGAAUGGAUGGAAAGGUGAAUAUGGACUUUAUGCAGUUGGGUUCACAAAGAGAGGGCUACUUGGAGCUUCAAUUGAUGCAAAAAGAAUAGCUGAUGAUAUUGAACUUUGUUUGGAAAAUUAA